GCGGCUCCUGCACCGCACCGUGGGCCGCCCGAGAGCCGGAACGGAGCGAGGAAAGGGCUCUGGCCGUGCUCCACACUUCACCAUGUAAACCUGCCCAGCCUCGCAGAUGCCAGCUGUCAGCGCAGCCCUGGACCUGCAGAACGGUGUAUGGGAGAAUGGUAGAGAGUCGGUAAGACCAUGCUCUACACCAUGACAUGUUGGUUCCUGGUCCUGGUCCUCCACCUGGUCCUCCUGAGCCCACUGCAGGUGGCAGCCUGCCCUGCCCGCUGCGAGUGUGCCCCGCAGCUCAAAUCAGUGGUGUGUCACCGCAAGCGGCUCACUGCCAUCCCCGAGGGCAUCCCCACAGAGACCAAGAUCCUGGAGCUCAACAAGAACCGCAUCCGCUGCCUGAACCCGGGGGACCUCUCCCCAUACCCCUUGCUGGAGGAGCUGGACUUCAGCGAGAACAUCAUCACCAAUGUGGAGCCAGGAGCCUUCAGCAACCUGUUCAACCUGCAGACUCUGCGGCUUCGGGGAAACCAGCUCAAGCUCAUCCCCCCGGGGGUCUUCACCAAGCUGACCAACCUCACCAUCUUGGACAUCAGCGAGAACAAACUCGUCAUCCUUCUGGACUACAUGUUCCAGGACCUGAGGAACCUGAAGAGCCUGGAGGUGGGUGAUAAUGACCUGGUGUACAUCUCCCAGCGCGCCUUCUCAGGGCUGCUCGGCCUGGAGCAACUGACCAUUGAGAAGUGCAAUCUGACCUCCAUCUCGGCUGAGUCACUCUCCUACCUCCAGAACCUCGAGGUGCUGCGGCUCCGGCACCUCAGCAUCUCUGCGCUGGAGGAGCAGAACUUCAAGAAGCUCUACAACCUCCUGCAGCUGGAGAUUGACAACUGGCCUCUGCUGGAAGACAUCUCCCCCACCAGCUUCCAGGGCCUGAACCUCACCUCACUCUCCAUCACCUACACCAACAUCACAGCCGUGCCCACCGCUGCCUUGAGGAACCUGGUGUACCUCCGCUACCUGAACCUGUCCUACAACCCCAUUAGCACUGUGCUGAAGGGCUCCUUUAAAGACCUCAUCCGGCUCCAGGAGCUGCAUAUCGUGGGCGCUCUCUUGGUGUCCGUGGAGCCGCAGGCCUUCUCUGGUCUGAGACAAAUCCGUCUGCUCAACCUCUCCAGCAACUUUCUCUCCACACUGGAGGAGAGCACCUUCCACUCUGUGAACACUCUGGAGACGCUGCGGGUGGACAGGAAUCCCUUGGCCUGCGACUGCCGCCUCCUCUGGAUCCUACAGCGACGGAAGACGCUCAACUUUGACGGCCAGCAGCCCAUGUGCUCCACACCACCUGAAAUCCAGGGGAACGCGCUGCGUGACUUCCCCGACUCCGUGCUCUUCGAGUAUUUCACCUGCCAGAAGCCCAAGAUCAGGGAUCGGAAGCUGCAGCACGUGACGGCCCGCGAAGGGCAGUCCGUGUCCUUCCUGUGCCGGGCGGACGGGGAGCCAGAGCCCUCCAUCGUCUGGGUGUCCCCUCAGCACCGCAUGAUCACCACGCGCAGCACGGGGCGAGCAGUCGUACUGCCGGGGGGCACCCUGGAGAUCCGCUUUGCCCAAGUGCAGGACAGCGGUACCUACAUCUGCAUUGCCAGCAACGCAGGGGGCAACGACACCUAUUUUGCCACUCUGACGGUCAAGGGACACCCGAACGAUGGCUCCUCCAACGCCAACCGGACUUUGUACCUCAAUGAGUUCAAUGACACCUACCAUAACGACACGCAGGUCUUCUUGAAGUUCACGCUUGAUCUCAAGACCAUCCUGGUGUCCACAGCCAUGGGCUGCAUCACCUUCCUCGGCGUGGUCCUCUUCUGCUUCCUGCUCCUCUUCGUUUGGAGCCGGGGCCGAGGGCAGCACAAGAACAAUUUCUCGGUGGAAUAUUCCUUCCGGAAGGUGGAUGGACCCACCACCACCACGGGCCAAGGAGGAGCCAGGAAGUUCAACAUGAAGAUGAUCUGAGCCUCUCCAAAGGAGAACCGUUGGCUGCGCCCGGCCCUGGGCACGGCUGUGGCACAAUGGGGCCAGGGGGCACAGGGGCAUCAGUGAUGUCCUGGGGCAUCGACAGAGCCAGCAGCACGGUCAGAGACCGAGGGCUGUUGGACUGGAUGAUGUUGGAGGUCGUUUCCGACCUUAAUGAUUCUGUGAUUGGAUGACCCAGCUGGCCCCAGCCCCGCAGUGACCCCACAAGUGGCCCAGGGGCCAUCCCAGCUCCUGAUGUAGCUGAUGUUUUUGCUACCAACUAUGCAUUUCUCAGUGAGAUCAGCAGCAUUUUGGCCUGGGAAAACAAACAAACAAACAAACAAACAGAAAACAACAACUUUUCUUCCCCCUGUUCCCUUUUUUUUUUUUUUUUUCUUUUUUUUUUUUGUUCUGUUUUUAAGAGACUUAAGAAAACCAUCUUGGUGUUACUUAUGGUUGUUCUUUUUUUUUCCUCUGACACUUUUUUUAAAAUGAAUUUCCAAAAGAAAAGUCUUCCAGUGCGACACAGGACUGGGGAGCAGCACUGGGGUGUCCCCAACCCCUCCCUGGGCACAGACAGACCCCAAGGCACGGCCACACCGUGGGACCUUCACCUGGGUGACUCCAGCACAGGGCAGCUCAACCCUGUGGGCUGGGGGUGCUCCUGCACAAGCAAUAAUGAUCCACACCUGUGCAGGUUGGUGCUGGGGUGUGAGAAGGAAGCAAUGGAAAAAAUGAGGCAACAGGCAUUAAGAAUUGGAGGAGCAGCCCCACAGAAAGGCUGUAGCCAGGGUUGGGGUUGACCUGUUGGCGGCUGUGGAGCAGUGGGGUGGUUCUGCUGUGGGUGCAAAAAGCAGCUUGGGGUGAAUGCAGGGCAUUUCCUUCAGCUUGCAAACUUGAUGGCUGCAGGACAGAAGGAGCUGCCUCAUCCUGCAUGGGGAAAGCCAAAACAAAAAAAAAAAGACAGGAGAGAAGAAAAAAAGGAGUUGGAGCUGAGGAACCAGUGGGAGAAGCAACCCCAGAGAAAAGGUCCCGGAUGGUGCUGCUGCAGCUGGAAGGGGCAGGAAGGUCCUGGCUGUGUGUGCACACGUGCAAAGCAUGGGUACAUGCACAGCACCCAUGCAGGUUCCUCUACUGCUCGUUUCCCCAUUUGCCAUUGCAGCCAUCCUCCAGCAGCUCCUGUUUUCAACAUGGGGAGCCCCCGUGGUCCCACUUCUUCCUCUCACCCUUUUCUGCACCCUCCUCAUCCUCAGAUCCCACAUCUCUCAGUGGUGGGGACUUGCUGCUAUGGGGACAGUCCCCAGCAUUGUGAUCCUUGUCCUGUUGGUUCUUUCACCUCUGUUUGGCCUCGGGACGUGAUUUUGGGCUGAGAAAAGAAACCAUCCCCAUUCCUGUGGGUACAUCCCACUGGGUGUCCCUUCUCCUUGGAAACACACCCAAGAUCACCAAGACUCCUGCUGGAGUUAAUGGCAUCCCCAGGCAUUUGGGGCUGUGUUUUGAGCACAAACCCCCCAGGCUGCUCCCACACUUUUCCCUGCCCAUGUUUUGGAAUUGUGAUGGGGACAUCCAUCUCACACUGUCAUCCUUCCAUGGGUCCCAUUGCGUGCCAGGUGCCCCCAUGCCCCCCAUGUCACCCCACUUGGGGUUGGUUUUUACCUGGGGGGUGGAAAGGGUUUGAGCACAAAUCCUUGCAGCCAGGAACCUGCCACGUGCAAAAGAAGGUUUGGGCAGUGCAGACCUGCACAGUUUUAUAUGU